CUUGCAUUCCCCGGGCGGGGGAAAGAGGGGGGCUCAGUACAAAUGCUUGGGCCCACUGGGGAACAGGCUCCAGAGGCGGGUGCGCCGGGGCCAGGCUGCAGCCAGUCAGAGGCCACGGGGUGGGAGCUGCCGGCCGGAGGAGCGCGCGGGGAGCUGGGCCGCGCUGCGGGAGCCGCCCGGAACCAUGAAAGCCGCCUGUCUCUUCCUGCUGGCGUCCCUGCUGUGCUCCAGGCGGGCCCUGAGCCUGCAGUGCUACAACUGCGAUGCCGACAAGGAAACCAGCCAGUGCAAGGUCUCCUCGUGCGGCGGGGUCUGCUUUAAGGGCGACUUGGUCCUGACGGUGAAAGGCAGCGGCGAGAAGGUUACCAUGGGAUUCAAGAGCUGUGCUCCCUCCUGCGAUGACGCCUCAAAGACCCUACAGGCGUUCCGGCCGGAGGGUCUGCCCGGGUUCCCCGGGGGUGGGGAGAGCGUUCUGAAUUCGGAGGUGAAGAACCUGGCCUGCUGCGACAAGGACCUUUGCAACGGGGCAGCCAGGGCCGGGCGCAGCCUCGCGGCGCUGGCCGGGGGCCUCCUGCUCAGCUUGGGGCCCCUCCUCUUGGCGCUGCUGUGAGGACCCUCCUGCGACUCAGGCACCACGGGCUCCUCCAGAAGCUUUAAAGGGGCCUCGCCACGGUCAUGAAUUCCACCCAGGACGCACAGUCGUAGUGACCUCACACUAGCUCUCUCUUGCAUGCACGCACACUGGCACAUGCCCAUGCGUGCGCACACACACGGGGUGCCCACGGUGUCCACAGCCUCAGACCCUAGAGUGCUCAGCAAACACAGGCUGUGCUGGAGUUCAUUCCGCUCUGCCGCCCAGUGCGGGCAGGGGAGGGGCGGGCAGUCCAGGCCGCUGUGCUGACCCCAGCCGCUGCUGCCACCCACCUGCCCAGUGCCCUGCCACCUGCCAACAAGCGCGCCAAUCCCGCAGGGCCGUCAGUUAAUCACUGACCUAAGAUCCAGGGCCCACAAGACCUGGCUGGACAGGGGCCUCUCGGAGAGCCCCACCUCCGGCCCUUCCAGCCCAGCUCCUGGCAACAGCACCGCAGGCAGGGCAACAGAAAAUAAACGCUUUCCAGCAGCGG